AUGUCUUCUACUCAGGUUUUAGCAGCUGCAACUUCACCACCAAAACCCAUUCGUCCCAUUGCUAAUUUCCAUCCCACGAUAUGGGGAGACCAGUUCCUCAAAGAUGAUUCUGAAUUCAAGAAUGAUCUCCACACUGUUUCAGUGUAUUUUCGACUUCUUCUAAGGUUUCCUGUGGAUGAUGAUAGGAAAUUCAAGUCAUCCUUGAUUAAUGAUGUUCAAGGAAUUCUAAAUUUGCAUGAGGCAGCACACUUUGCUAUUCACAGCGAAGAUAUUCGGAUGAAGCCCUCGCUUUUACAGCCACCCAGCUUAAGUCAAUGGCAUCUCGUGUGCCGGAAAAAUAUAGAAUUGAUUACAAAGCUGCCAUAUAUUAGAGACCGAAUGGUGGAAGAAUAUUUUUGGAUCUUGGGAAUGAUCUUUGAGCCACAAUGGGACAUUGGCGCCAUAGAUAUGCUUCCAGAUUACAUGAAAUUUAUUUAUAAGUCACUCUUAGAUUUUUUCGCUGAAAUGGAGGAAGAUAUGAGUAAGGAAGGAAGAGCAUACUGCGUAGAUUGUCCAAAAAUGAUGCUGCAAAGAGUGGUCGAAGCAUAUUUUGCUGAAGCCAUAUGGUUCAAUAAAGGGCAUUUUCCAAGUACAUUUGAUGAAUAUAUGACAGUUGCACUGGAAACUGGUAGCUGCCGAUUGACGAUAGCGAUGAUCUUCUUAGCCAUGUGUGCAACUAAAGAGGAUUUUGAUUGGUUUUGCUGUGAUCAUAAGAUUAUAAGAGCAGCAGAUCGUAUCGCCAGACUCUUGGAUGACAAAGCGUCUCACAGGUUUGAGCAAAAGAGAGGACAUGUUCCCUCAGCUGUUGAAUGCUACAUGAAGCAGCAUGGCGUUUCUGAAGAUGUGGCUGUUGAGUUUCUUCUUAAACAAGUUGCGGACGCUUGA